CAUGUUAAAUUUCCGUGACGCACCUCGCGAGCGAGAGACAUGUUAGCCCUAUGCAGAGCAUGUGCUGCCAUGGCGCCGCCAGUACUGCAACUUUCACUUCUAUCCCGAAAGCUCCACUCCACAGCAGUGCAUCAGAAAUGGGAGCAAGUAUGCUGGAUCAGUAUUCGAUGGCGAGCUGACUCCAGGAAAGCCGCAAGUGCCCGGCAAAUGGUGUGAAAGGGUAAGCAUCUUCAUCAGCUGGUUACGUCGGGGGCGUGGUCCGGAAUGAGGCUCGAAGUACGCGGUGCAAAAAAGUUUACGGAUCCUCCAAAAGGCCCAUCUUGAACGGAAUUCUCGUUGACAAUGUUGGGGUCAUAAUUUAUCUUAAUAUUCUUGCACUUGUCGAUUGACGAACUACGGAAGGGCACUCGCUGAGCCUUGAAGCUGCCCCCAGAAAAAUCAGUCUGUCGACAUCUGUUAUGGCUGAAGUAUUCCUUGCUGCUGAACACGAUCUUACCGAUGGUGUUAUACAAGAAGAUGAGGUGAACAUUGGCGAAGACGCCGGCCAACUUCUGGCCCUUACGGACGACAUCGCGAAGAGUAUUUUAGAGUCUGAGGAGUGGCCAUCUUACGUGGAAAGGCUGCGACAAGCCGGCGACGAUGAUGAGCACAUCGAUGGGCUGUUGCUGGCAGAAAGGUCCGGUCGGCAGUAUCCGCUCUGGAACGCCGAUCAACGUAUCCUGGACAACGUCGAUCCGCCGCUCCCGAUUGGGUGCCUUGACGUCGAGGCUGAUCUGCCUUCUCCGCGCCUGACCGAUGACAUACCACUGCCAUCACCACUGAACAACAGCCUUCGGGUUGACGACGCGAGUCCCACUAACCCCUUACUGCCGCAACAUGGCUCGCGUAGCAGCGUUUCAGACUGCCGUCAACAGACGUCGUCGUUCACACCUGACCGCUACAGCAAGUCGUGCUCCAGCUCUGUGUUUAUGUCGUCUACGUGCAAGAACCCCAAAAAGCUCGACAUCAUCGAAGAAAACAAGGCCAGUCAAGAACGUAAGCAAUCGUCCUCGUCUAAGCCACUUGGAACCCCUGGCGCUUCCGCCUUGCGGUUUUUGUCUGGCCGAUCGGGAAGCCGGAAUGCUGAAUCCAUUUCAUCCGUCAGGUCCUCGGUUACAUCGAAAAAUUCGGGAGAGUGGUCGCCUGAGAUUGAACAGUUGCGUGCUUCCUUGAUUAGUUCGGGAUCUUCUGGAGAGGGUGACUUGUUCAAGUCUUCCUUUCGUAUAAGCAAAAGUGGCAGCUCAAUCUUGGCCUUGGAACGACUAUUUCUGGAAGUCAUCGACGCAUCGGCUCAAGACCAACCGUGUCUGGCGCAGAUUCAAGAACACGUUCGCGAUGGACUGAUACCGGCCGCGGUUGGAGAGGAUGACAGUGCGCUCCACCGCACAGCAAUAACGUCUUCUACCACGACCAAGGGACUACCCCUGCAACGUCUCGGAAGAGGUGCCUUCGGCAGGGUUUUUGGAGUGCAGAUCAAAGGGCGCCUGGUCGCUGUGAAGGACGUGCGCAAUGUAGACGCACCCAGCGAGCGGAACGCAUCCCAGCUGGUGCAUCGGCACGUGGUGCGCACCUUGUGUGUGGCGCAGCUGGAGCCUCGCCGCUUUCUCGUGGUGAUGGAGUACGGAGGCCCACGCACCCUCCAGCAUCUGCUGGACGAGCGCGGCCCCUUCGGAACCCUCGACGUAUCCAGGUUUGGCCGCCAGCUUGCUUCAGCGCUUCACUACUGCCAUCGAAAUAAUGUGUUGCACCUGGAUGUCAAGCCAAGCAACGUGCUGGUUCACAAUGGAAACAGCAAACUGGCCGACUUUGGGAGCAGCGCGACCCGUGGUUCCCACCCCAAGGUUUGCGGAACGGUGCAGUACAUGGCUCCCGAAGUCCUCCUAGGCCAGCGGCCGGACUUCAGCGCCGACGUCUACUCGCUAGGCGUCGUCCUCUGGCAGAUGCAGUCCGGCGCGAGGCCCUUCGACGGCCUCCACCAGCACGCCUGUUAUGUUUCAGGAAGUGUUGUACGGCUGCGAGUGAGACCGAGGUUCGCUGAAAACGACGAGGCGACCGAGCUUCAGGAUCUGGUGAAGCGCUGCUGGAGCCACGAGUGCAAUGAGCGCCCCAGCGUGGGCGCUGUGCUCUUGGAGCUGAACGCUCUCCACAAAGUAGCGCUCAAGAGCCGCUCCGUGAAGGUGGGACCACUGCUCUGA